AUGGACCGCGCCUUCCUGGAACUUGCCGAGCUGGACGGCAAGAAGGACGAGGAGGGGCGUCCGGUGAUUAACGUGCCGGAGCUAUACACCGACGUGCUGCUCGUGUACAACUACGUGAAUCGCUACUCGCCGGGGAGUUAUUUGAGCCCACCAAAGAAGAAGGACGUUCUCAAGCUGGUCAAGAAAUUCGACCUCAACAAUGACGGGGUCAUAGACAGGGAGGAAUUCGGUCUUUUCCUCCGGCACUUUGUGAAGCAUCUCCUGAGAAACAUUAUUAUCAACAUUCUCGUCAUGCUCACUGUGAUCCCGGUGGGAGGCUCAUGCGACACGUCUCGCCUGGACAACUCCGACCCGCACAUCACAGGCGCGCACGGGACCCUCUUCGACUUCCCCGGGCAGCUCGGAAAAUACUUCUGCUUGCUUGCCGACCGUCGGAUCCACAUCAACGUGCUACUGCAGAGCCACCAGGGACAAGAGUCUGCUGCAGCGGCGGCGCUAGCAGCAGCAGGCAUGCCGAGGAGAGUGGCAGAAGGGAGUUUGCAUGUGUGGGUGAAGGAGGUGGGAGUGGUGUGGGUGUCAGGUGCAUCUGGCGGCAGGCAGCACUCUCUGCGAAUGGUGGCGCGCUCAGGCAACCAGCAGGACAGGGGGGCCCACGGCUUCCUCGCUCUCAUGCAGGUGGACGGUGCUGACGUGGCACCGCCACGUUUCCAUGAUGACCUGGCAGUGGUGGGAGCAGAUGGAAGUGUGGAGAUAAGAAAGACGGCAGAGGAUGAGGAUGGGCCUUUCGAUGUGGAUACGUAUGAAGUUGCGAUUGAAGGGUUGGGAAAGGUGCGUGUGAGCAUGAGGGUUGCCCACCCUUUGCUUCAAACGCCAGAGGAAGCUGAGGCGCAUUUCAACAUCUGGGUAGCUGAACUGCAGGUAAGAGGGGCGACUGUGGUGUCAUUCAAAUCAUGUCAUAGCGUAGCGCGUACAACGGGACCUGGUGCGGGCGACAUGAAGCCCGAGGACGACGGCAGUGGGUCGGGCAGUUCGGGCGGGAGCGAUCGGUCGGGCAGCGGCAGGAGGAGAGGGCAGGGGGACGAGGAGGCCGGGUAUGAGAUGGAGGAGGACGAGGAGCGGUCGGAGGAAGACGAGGAGGAGGAUGAAGCAGGCGACGACCCGGACGACGAGGAUUUCGACCCCACCAGCUGCGCGCCGAAUGGGCAACUGGCGCGGCGGGGGAAGGAGGUGAGCGCGGAGGGAGAGGGAGAUGAUGAUGGGGAGGGGGACGAGGAGGAGGAGGCAGGGAGCGGGAGCGAGUCGUUUGACGAGGCUGGGGCGGGUGGAGGGGACGAUGAGAGCUCGUCGGAUUUCUCUGGGUCGGUGAGCGAGUCAGGGAGUGAGAGCGAGGGGCGGGGGAAGCCUCGGGCCAGGCGAGGGGGGGCUGGCGCGGGCGGAGGAGGGGGCGGGGGCGGGGGCGGGGGGAAAGGGGGGAGGAAACGCGCGCGGGGCGGGGCGGGGAGCUCGGAGAGUGAGAGCAGCGGAGGGGAGGGGCGGAAGGGGAGGUCGGGGAAGAGGGGAGGGCGGGCGGGGGUGGCGGCGAGGGAGACACGCAUGUCGCGGAGGGCUGUGCCGCGCAAGUCGUACUUUGAGGAUGAUGAGGACUCGGACGACCUGGCGCCCCCUGCCAAGAAGAAACUCAAGGGCAUCGCAGCAGCGGGGGAGGAGGGCGAGGAGGAGGAUGACGACAUGCUGCCCGGAGGGGAUGCAGCAGAGGCAGAGGCAGAGGCGGAGGGGGACGUGGUGGAGCGGGUGCUGUGGCACCAGCCGCUGGGGCGGAGUGAGGAGAUGCGGGCAGCGGGGGAGCCCAUGGGGCCGUGUGUGUUGGAGUAUGAUGUGAGCGAGGCCAUCGACUGGGAGCAGCAGGAGCUGUAUGUCAAGUGGAAGGGACGCUCCUUCCUGCACUGCGACUGGCUGCCCAUUUCCACCCUCUCCACGCUGCCGGGGUUCAAGAAGGUGCAGAACUACAUGAAGCGGGCGGACGACGAGAGGCGGUACCGUCUGAGCGUGUCAGCAGAGGAGGUGGAGGCGCUGAACGUGGGCCGCGAGAUGGAGCUGGACCUGCUCAAGCAGUACUCGCAGGUGGACAGGGUGGUGGCGGAGCGGCCAGCCAAGGCGGCAGGGGAGGCGGGGCGGGAGGGCGAUGAGGUCAGCAGCUACGAGUUCUUUGUCAAGUGGAAGGGGCUCUCCUACUCCGAGGCCACCUGGGAGGCGGAGGCGGACAUAGAGUGUGCGCGGGAGGCGAUAGACGAGUUCAAAGUGAGGGAGGCGGGAGCACUGGUGGUGGGCAAAAGCGUGGAGGCGCAACGCAAGAGCUGCCGAGCCAUGAGCAAGCUGGAGGCGCAGCCGGAGUGGCUCAAGGGGGCCACUCUGAGGGACUACCAGCUCAUGGGUCUCAACUUCCUCAUCCACAGUUGGAUGAGGGACACCAAUGUCAUUCUGGCGGACGAGAUGGGGCUGGGCAAGACCGUGCAGUCCGUCUCCAUGCUUGGCUUCCUCUUUCACAUGCAGCAGAUACAGGGCCCGUUCCUGAUAGUGGUGCCACUCUCCACCAUGAGCAAUUGGGAGAGGGAGCUGCGCCGCUGGCUGCCCUCGCUCAACGUCGUGCUCUAUGUCGGCAACCGCGCCUCCAGAGAGGUGGUGCAGCAGUACGAGUUCGGGCAGGGGGGCAGGAAGGGCGGGCGGCAGAGCAAGUUCCACGCGUUACUAACAACCUACGAGGUGGUGCUCAAGGACAAGGCUGUGCUCUCGCCCAUCCGCUGGACCUACCUCAUGGUUGACGAGGCUCACCGCCUCAAGAACUCUGAGGCAGCGCUCUAUACUACACUCAUUAGCUUCCAUGCGCGCAACAAGCUGUUGAUCACCGGCACGCCCCUGCAGAACAGCGUGGAGGAGCUCUGGGCGCUGCUGCAUUUCCUGGACGAGAGGAAGUUUGGUGACAAGGAGGAGUUUUCAGCCAAGUACAAACACCUGCUGGAGAACCAGAGCGAGAAGGAGAUCACGUCACUACACCAGGAGCUGCGCCCGCACAUGCUGCGGCGAGUGAUCAAGGACGUUGAGAAGUCUCUGCCGCCCAAGAUCGAACGCAUCCUGCGCGUUGAAAUGUCGCCGCUGCAGAAGCAGUACUACAAGUGGAUUCUUGAGCGAAACUUUCAGGACCUGAACAAGAACGCGCGCAGCAACCAGGUGUCUCUUCUCAACAUCGUGGCAGAGCUCAAGAAGUGCUGCAACCACCCCUUCCUCUUCGAGAGCGCUGACUACGGCUACGGGGGCGGGGCGGCUGGAGGGGCGCUGGACGCACAGGGCAAGGCGCAGCGGAUCGUGCUGGGGAGUGGGAAGACGACUCUGCUGGAUAAGCUGCUCACUCGGCUGAAAGAAACGGGGCACCGGGUGCUUAUCUUCUCCCAGAUGGUGCGCAUGUUGGACAUUCUAGCCGACUACCUGGCUUUGAGAGGCUUCCAGUUCCAGCGCCUGGACGGCAGCACGAGGGCGGACCUGAGGCAGCAGGCCAUGGAACACUUCAAUGCGCCUGGCAGUGACGACUUCUGCUUCCUGCUCUCCACCCGGGCUGGCGGAUUGGGGAUUAAUCUUGCCACGGCUGACACUGUUAUUAUCUUUGACUCCGACUGGAACCCGCAGAACGACCUGCAGGCCAUGAGUCGCGCGCACAGGAUAGGGCAGCAGGACGUGGUGAACAUCUACCGGUUUGUGACGAGUGGCAGUGUGGAGGAGGACAUAUUGGAGCGCGCCAAGCGCAAGAUGGUGUUGGACCACCUCGUCAUCCAGAAGCUCAACGCCGCUGGGCGCCUCGAGAAGACGCAGAGCAAGAAGAGCAGCUCCAUGUUUGAUAAGAACGAGUUGGCGGCCAUUCUGCGAUUCGGUGCAGAGGAGCUGUUUAAGGAGAAAGUGAGCGAGGAGGAGGGCGCCAGUCGGCUGGAGAAUCUGGACAUUGAUGAGAUCCUGGCACGCGCUGAGAAGAUCGACAGCAGCACCGCUGGGGAGGGCGCUAAUGAGCUUCUAUCUGCAUUCACUGUGGCGAAUUUCAGCAGCACUGAGAACGACGCUGCGUUCUGGAGUCGACUCAUCCAGGCAGCCCCAGCAGAGGAGGAGAAGGCGCUGGGGCCGCGCUCCUCCCGCCGCCACCACACCUACACCGGCGAUGGGCUUCAUGGGGAUGCUGACGACGAGGACGAGGAGGGCAGAGAGGGGAGAGGUGGUAGGCGGGGAGGGAAGGACGGUGGCGGGAAGAGGAAGCGAGGGCGGAGGGAGCAGGGGGAUGGGGGUGGGGAGGAGGGCGGGUAUCCUGCUGCUGCGCCUGCUGUGGAAGGGGCGCUGGUGCGGAUUACUCAGUGGACGGUGCAGGGGGAGGGGGAAGGGGGAGGGGGGGCAGAGGGGAAGGGGACAGGGGCAGGGGCAGGGGCGGAUGCAGCAGAGGGGGGAACGGGAGCCGGGGCAAGGGAAGCUGGUGGUGGUGGUGCUGCUGGUGCAGCUGCUGCUGCUGGUACAGCUGGUGGUUCUGCUGGUGUGAAGGUUCGGCGGCUAUCCAAGCGAGACGCCAACGCCUUUGUCAAGGCAGUGCGGCGGUACGGAGGAGCAGAGAGGGCCGCACAGAUGACAGCGGAGGCCGGCGGUGCGAUCGAGGCAGCGAGCGAAGCAGAGAGGCGGUCCCUCCACACACUACUCAUGCAGGCCUGCAAAGACACUGUCCGAGCCGCCGCAGCAGCAGAGGAAGAUGAAGCAUUGGGAGCAGCAGGAGCAGCAGCAGCAGCAGCAGGAGGGUCGGCAGCGGCAGGGAAGAUCCCUCUUUUGGAUUUCUUCGGUGUGGCAGUGAAAGCCCCGGAGCUCCUGCACCGGGUGAAAGAGCUACAGUUUCUGGCGAAGCGGGUGGAGCGGGUGAGCGACCCCGUGAAGCAGUUCCGCCUGCGGUCGCAUGCGCGCGUGCCCUCAUGGGCUAAGACCACUUCUUGGACGCCUGUGGAUGAUGCGAGGCUGCUGCUAGGAGUGCACUUCCAUGGGUUUGGCAACUGGGAGCAGGUUCGGCUGGACGAACGGCUGGGAUUGGAGAAUAAGAUCGCACCGCCGGGAUCGACGGGUGGGAUUGGGGGAGGUGGAGAGGGGAAGCUGCCCAGAGGGAGCCAUUUGGAUGCACGGGCGUCUGCUCUGCUGCGCAAGGAGCUCGAGGCUGAUCCUCACCACGCCAAGGCUGCAGCAGCAGCCAACGCCCUCAAGGUCAAGAUCAAGGUGCGAGGAGGAGGCAAGGGCGCGUUUGCUGCUGGCUCUGCUGCUGCUUCUGGCGCUGACGAAGCCGUUGCUCUGGGUGGGGGACGGAGAGGCGGGGGUGGGAGGGAGGAGAGAGGGCGGAGAGGGCGAGGGGGGGAGAGGGAGCGGGAGAGGAGGCAUGGUGGGGAGAGGGAGGGGCGGAGGCGGGGGAGGAGGGAGGAGGAGAAGGAGAAGCGGUCUCCGGAGAAGGAAAAGGAGGCUGAGGAGGCGAAGGAGGAGGGGGAGAUCUCCGAAGGGGAGGACGCCGCUGCAGCAGGGGCAACAGCAGCCGCCGCCGCCGCAGCAGCAGGGGCAGCAGGCGGAGGAGGGAGCAAGGUCGGGAAGGAGGAGGAGGGGGUCGCAGGAGGAGCAGGAGCCGCAGGAGGAGGAGUGGGUGUGGGAGAGGGUGGGGAGGGGAGGCGCGGAGUGGCGUGGUGCAAAGGGAGGCUGGCCCCUCAGGACAGUGUGCUGCAGCGGCUGAAGCGGCUUCAGACGCGGCAAGAGCUGUCACCCAAGGAGGUGACGCAGAAGGUGAAGAAGUACCUGAGACAGCUGGGCCAUGAGAUCGACAGCGUCAUGAAGCGCGAGGCCAGCGAUGCCACCCUCCCUCGCCCCCACCUACAGAAGAUCUCUGAGGACUUGUGGGACUACGUGGCUCUGCACUCACACCUGUCCGGCACGCGAUUGGCUGACAUUUACCGCAAGCUGAGGGAUGAUCGUGGGAAUCGGCCUUCUGGUGGUGGUUGGGGGAGAGGAGAUGGGGGAGACGGCGGGUCUGGGAAGGGUGGAGAGAGGGGAGGGGAGAGGGGGGAGGAGAGGGGAGGGGAGAGAGGAGGGGAGAGGGAGGAGGAGAGGAGCGAGGCAUGGAAGCGGAGGUGGAGAGAUGGGGAGGGGCCUUCCUCCUCUGCCCCUGUGUCUGGUGCAAGCAGCCCUCACAGAAUGGGCAAUGGGCAGGUGAGGGAGGGAGGAGGGGAGGGGGGAGAGGAUGCAGGCAACGGCAACGGGCGGAUGGAUAGCAGAGCAGAAGGCCCUGGGGGAGGAGGGGAGCGCAGGAGAAAUUCCAGAGAUGCCGGAGAUGGCAGAGAUGCCAGAGAUACCCCUCCAGGUGUCCCCAGGGAUGUAUCCAGAGACACACCCAGAGAUGCACCCAGGGAUGUAUCCAGAGACACACCCAGAGAUGCACCCAGAGAUGUAUCCAGAGACGCCUCAAGAGAGGCUCCUCGUGAUGCCCGCCCUCCACGCCCUCCGCCUCCCCCUGCUCUUUCUGACGCCCGUGCGUCGAGAAUGGGGGCUGGUGCUGGUGCGGGCCGGGGCGAGGAUGGGGAGGUGGCGAAAGGGGCGGUGCAGGGUGCUGGUGCGGGUAAGUGGGGGGGUGGAGGAGGGGACAGGGAGAUAGAGGCAGGGGAAGCGGGGGAGUUGGGGGCAGUGGCCGAGGAGGGCAUCGUGCAGGAGUGA